AUGGCGUCCGCUUUUCUGGGACAAACGAAGAAAAACAGAAUAUAUAACUGGGCCAAAUUUCAUUCCCUUAAACCACACUCUCUCCCCUUCCCAUCCCACCAAACAACCAUUCGCAAAUCCACCACCACCAUGUUUUACAUUUCAGAUAACGUCAGCGUUGUCGAUGGAUUUGUCGUGUUAACUAUUGAAAAGGAGGGUGCUUCUGUCCGCAAGGUUGUCAAGAAGUUCCACCCCAAGAGCAAGCUGUUCCUGCUGGAGGAGCGCACCAAGCUGGCCAACUACGCCCUGGUGGACCUGGACGAGUACCACACCGCCUUCCCCGGCUCCGACCUUGUCCCCGUCCCCAGCUCCCAGCUCUUCUCCGUCUGCACCACCUCCAAGAGGCUCUUCUACACCACCCCAGACGGCUUCCGCAUCGUCAACAGCAAGACCCCAGACAGACACAGACGCUGCUCCCAGGAGUACACCGUCAUCCCCGUGGUCUACAAGGACAAGCCCACCAAGUACCUCUAUCUCAGGGACGAGACCCACUCCACGCAGUACCUGCUCGCCGACGUCACGGUCGACAGGGACAUUGUGCACUCCAAGGACUCGUCCUUCUUCGAACAGGAGAUGAAUGUGGGUGAGAUCGUGUUCACCGAGAACGAUCUGUCCGUCUUGGCCGGCUUCCAGCAGUACAAGGCCCAGUUUGCAGAGGACAUCUACUCCUACUUCUCCACCAUCUACUCCGAGGUCAGGUCCAGGUACCACCGCCGUCCCUACCUGUCCUCGUUCCACCGUCCAGGCUACGGGGAGACCUUCCCCAAGGACCUGCAGAUCCCCACCAUCCAGAAGUACAGCUCCAUGGGGUCUGCCUUUCUGUUUCUGGCGGAGGUGUUCCCACAACUCUCCUUUGCCGAGGACUUUACCUGCGAACAUGAACAGAGUCCGCCCAAGUCCAUUGAUGCCAUCGCCUCGUGGUUCACUUUCAAGCUGCUACCGGGCUCUGACAACGAACUGUGGUACCUUUUGGUGCGCAUCUGCUGCUACAACUGGCAGGACACCUCCGUGGCGUACCCAGCUCUCCACACCUUGAACUCCUUUCGCCAGCUGGUCGACUCUAUCCGGGCCCUGGCCACCUACUCUGUUCUCUACCGGUUUCUCCAUGCUGGGGCCAUCCCCGGUGACUCUACUGCCGAUGAGAUCUUCUUCACCAAGAAGAGUGAGCCAUGGACCUGGACCAACGUCAUGUACCACAAGCUGACCGUGGCGUACCAGAACUACACCAAGUUCAACGUCAGGGUGUGCAAGCCAGACGCCGUGCUUAUCUCCGGCAAGAAGUUCUCCCGAUCCUACAUCAGGGAGUUUUACGCCAACGUCAAGGAGCGUUUCGAGUCCAACCUCUCUGACCUGCGUCAGUAUUUCGACAAGGUCUUGUCUGUGCAGGCUGUUGCCGAUGCCACGCUGAACUCUCCCACUGCCAUCGAUGUUGCUGAGAAUAGAAUCAAAACCAAGAAUUCGCUGUUGCUGUUGAUCAACGAGACGGCUCUGGCCAAUGUUGUUCCUGAUUUCAAGCCCAAUGUCACCAUCGAUUCACAGGAGGUCGCCAGGUUAGUCGCUGAUAUGGGAGUGUGUGUCAUGUGGAUGAUCUACUUUUCUGCCACCGGGCCCUACAGGUUUCCUGAUAUGCUGAUACUGAAGUAUGCUGGUAACCAACGUAACCUGUUUGUGGACCCUGAGUCUCGCUGCCUGGACAUCAUUACUGAGUAUUCCAAAAACAGAGAGGGCAAUCCAAUGUGCAAGACCCUGGACAAGGUCACCUCAGACCACCUUUUCUACUACAUCAUAGUUGCACGUAACAUGCUGAAGCACGCCGUGGGGACCGAGUAUGCUGAUAUGAAACGGGACCUGUUCAACGAGACCAACGGUGCUGCUGAGGAGUCGUUGCUCAACGGCUACCUGGCUAGGUCCAUUGGUGACGGGAUCAGUGCUGAUGAUAUGGACCCGGUUAGGUACUCCAGAAACGUGGUUAAUUCUUUUGUCUUUGUGGACUGCACCUCCCAUUCGCUCAUGCACUAUGCCAGGUUCUCUGCGUUCCUCAAGCUCUACCCCAUGUCUGUUAACUGGAGCAUGCGUCUGCCAUUCCGGGAGAUGAGGCACGGUAUGAUCAAGCUGGUGCGUGAGUACGUCAAGGUGGAAGGGGAGGACGUGGGAGUGUCUGCUGCCAAGGAGACGCUGGCUGGUCAUUCUGCUGCUACUGGGCUGGCCACCUACGGUAUUGACCAUGAGAAAGGUCUAGCUGCUGAUGGCUCUCUUGAAGAAAAGUACGCCUCCCUGGUCAAUGCUGCCUGGCACCACUGGCUGGGUCUUGGUUACGGCUCUCCUGCCGAAGAUGGUGAGUCUGAUAUUGCUAAGAAUUCCUGUGAGAAACGGUACUUCCAUCCCAGUGGCUCCAUCAAGGACCUGGCCAUGGCCGGUGUCAAGCUCUAUGGUAGUAAGUUCGAGUUCAGGGAAGGCCAGUUUGACGUUGCGGUUGAGAUAUACCUCUCUGGUUCUCAGGUCAUCCCCAUCCAGGCCCUCCCAGGCUACGGGAAGACGGCUCUGUUCCAGCUUCCUCUGAUGGCUGUCUCGCUGUGUGAUCAGCCUGUCGUCUCUUUUGUCUUUGUUCCAUAUGUUUGUCUGGUAUCCAAUAUGAAAUUACGGUUCUCUUCCUCUGGUUUAAGUUGUGGUUUUGUCAAGGAUUUGUUUGCUGGUGGUCCCACUGUUGCAGAAAGCCAUCUUUUUUGUGACGUUUACGUUGGUACUUUUAACGAUCUAGGCUCUGCCAACUUUAUCAAUCUGGUCAAUAACACCAUUAUGAUAGCUCGAGCAAAAAAAGGAUUGGACGCCCGGCCGAAAAACCACAUCCCUGAGGUGCGCCUCGCUGAUAGGUGA